AUGUCCAGGCCCGCGAAAUACAGCCGUAGGGAUGUCGCGGGCAGCGCCCUCGCGUUCGGCCGGGCCGAGCCUUCGCUCCCCGACUCGCUGUCUUGGGAGGCCCGAUUUUGGGCCACUGGCCGGGCAGCGGCGUGGCCGCCCGCUUGCGAGGUGACGCCGCCCGGCGCCGCUGUAAGGCGUGACGCGGCCGCUGCUCCUGGGGUUACGCCGGUAGGGAACGCCGCGAUUCCUGAUGCGGUUGUUGUGCCUGGCUCCUCGUCUUCGUUGCCCUUGCCCGCGCAAAUGCCGUCGCGGCGCAGAGCCGACGAGCCGCUCAUCUCGUGCAUUCGGCGCGGCUCGAAGCCGGCGGCCCUCGCGGCGAUCUCUACCGAGGAGGGGCGCGCACGUGCCCUGCAGUCUUUGAUGUCAGAUCAGCAUGCUGCCUCGUCCUGGGCCACUCGGGACUCCUACCUUCGCACGUGGUUGGAGUUUCACACAGCGUGGUUUGCCGAGUCCGUUCCAGCUUUCCCUUUGUCGGUGGACAUCCUCUACGCUGUCGGCGCAGCGUUCAAGGCGGGGCACUACCGCAGCGCGAAGGACUACUUCGCGAGGGCAAAGGGCCGGCACAUCGAGUUGGGAUACGUCUGGCAUGAUACGCUGCAGCAGGCAUCGGCGCGGGCGAUCCGCAGCGUCACGCGGGGAAUGGGGCCUGGGCGGCAGUCCGCCGCGCUCCCGCUUCCCGAGCUCGCCGCCCUCGGCGAGCGGGGUAUCAUUACUGUGUCUGGCGGCCCGCUGGGUGGUGCUGACCUUGCUAUAGCGGCUUCUUUCUUCUGCCUCCGGGAGAUUGAGCUCAGCCUCGCAUGCUGGGGGCACGUCACGCUCGACGAUGUUGCAGCCAAGGUUACAUGGGUCUUGCCUGCAUCGAAGACCGACCCAUCCGCUCUUGGAGGCCAUGUGGUGGCCAAAGAGAAGAUCGUCGAUCUCAUCGAGGCCCUCGCCGAGCUUCUCAAUUUACCUCUUGUUGAUCAUUCAGGAGGGCGCCGGUUCGGCGGCCGCACCUUCCGUGUCUCUGGCGCGCAGCACCUGGCGUCAAUUGGCAUACCCCUCAUGGUCAUUCAGCUGCUUGCCCGUUGGUCCUCCCAGGUCAUCAUGCGGUACGUGUCCGAGGCGCCGUUCGCUGUCGUGGGCGCAGAGUGCCGCAGGCGAAACGCGACGCUCUCACUGGAGGCGAUCGCGACUCGAUCAGAGGGCGACGCUAGGGCUUUCAAGGACCGGUUGGCGCGCGUCGAGACGGGCGGGCUGAUAUUGUCUUCGUACGGAGUGGUGCACCGUCCGCUCAGUCGUUACUGGUACAAGCUCCAGCCGGGCCUCUGGUCGGCCAGGUGUGGUUGGAAGUACGGUGCGUCCAUGAAAGGUUUCUCCACGGUGAGCAAAUGCAGCGGCUCACCGCGAUGUGAGAAGUGCUUCGAGGGG